CUUCUUUUCUACUUCCUCGAGGCCAGUUUGCCUUGCCUCCUUCGGGCUACGCAGUUCCGUCACGUCACCAUUACCCGCUCGAUUGGCUGUUCUGGUCUGAUAUUUUCCCAAAGUCGCACCACGCACGAGGGUAGUUUAUGAACCACUCUUAACUGAGGCACCGAAACACAGGAGAACCGAGUGUUUGGCCAUUUGUCUUGCUGCGGAAACCUCGGUUCUAUGGAGGAGAUGGCCGGCCCUGAGCGGAUGGACUCGGUGUGCAGGGUGAAGGUUGUACACCAGAUGGCCUGUGAUACGCGCCCACGCUUGCCGGAUGGAACGCUCGACCGCGAUCCGUCCAGUCGGCCUAAGAGUUGCUGGGAGGCUUGUCCAGCCCGGCAGGCCCUUUUGCGCCCAGUACCCCAACAUGUUACGCGCAGCUGCUACAUACCAAAGUGGUUUAAAUGCCCUUAUGGACACAGCUGCUGUUGGGCUACAGUCCGCCACAUCACCUACGGCUCCUCCGGUUGCACGUGCGAUCGAGCCCAGGAGGCUGAACACUCUUAUGUCGAGAAGCCGCUUCCAGGAUUGAUGCAUAACACCUGGUAUCCGCUGACAGCUUCGUCGGAAGCCGCUCGUGCAUCGACUUCAGAUGUUUCCGAUCCUAGAGGUCCUCUGGCCGGGUAUUUAAGCGCCGAAAAUUUGUCAGGACUGACGGCGACUUCCGCUACACCAAAAACGAAUGUGGCGAGCAACUUCCCCCUUACUGUUGCGGCUCUCGAUACACCAGGAACGACCGCAGCGAGCAACUCCUCCCUCAACGCUGCCACUCCCGCUACGCCAGAAACGGCCGUGACGGGCGAGGAUGAUGAUGUCUCCCGGACUACACUCAGUACGGCAACCACACCCAGCAUGGCAGUCACGCCCAGUACAGCAGCCACUCCCAGUGCAGCAGGUACUCCUGUGACAGAAAGCAUUCUUAGCGUUAGGGUGGGAUCAUGGCCCGGAUGGGUGAAUCCAUUUGGGCUUCGGCCGCCCCCAGGGUUCACUCCGGAGGAUUGUGGCGAUAAGAAUCGCUAAAAUCACGUGGAUCUGAAGACCUUGAUCUGAUGGGCACAUCGCCAUCUGCUGGUGAUCGAACGGGGUACUUCUUCCUGCAAACAUCAAAUCAAGGCAACCCUCACCAUACUUCGUCUCUCGUUUUCACACAGGGAGAACAAGUAGGACGUGUUAGGGGAGAAGAUAUCUUUACCAGAUGUGCGGGAUGUGGGAGUGAUGUAUGGUUGACAGUUUUUGAAGAGGGGAGGGAUGACUGGGAAGUAAUGGGCGGCCCAGAUCCUGAAGGUCGUGGCAUGCGUUGACAUUGUAGCGAAUAUGGCGUUUAGCUAUAGCUUGUACCUUACGUUGGUUG